AGGAUGGAAUCCAUCAUAAGGAUCAACAAUGCUGCAGACAUCUCUGUUAUUGUUCUCUACUUUUUGGUAGUUCUGGCAGUGGGACUAUGGGCUAUGUACUCCACCAACCGAGGCACAGUGGGGGGGUUUUUCCUGGCUGGACGCAGCAUGGUGUGGUGGCCGAUUGGUGCUUCUCUGUUUGCCAGCAACAUUGGCAGUGGGCACUUUGUGGGAAUAGCAGGAACAGCAGCAGCUGGAGGAAUUGCCAUCGGAGGAUAUGAGUGGAAUGCUCUGAUAUUUGUGGUGGUUCUAGGAUGGAUCUUUGUACCCAUCUACAUCAAGGCUGGGGUGGUGACAAUGCCAGAGUACCUGAGGAAGCGUUUUGGUGGGAAGCGGAUCCAGGUCUACCUGUCAGUCCUGUCCCUGAUCAUUUAUGUUUUCACAAAGAUCUCAGCUGACAUCUUCUCUGGAGCUGUAUUUAUCCAGCUGGCCAUAGGGCUGAAUCUUUAUUUGGCCAUAAUUAUCCUCCUUUCUAUUACUGCUCUUUACACCAUCACCGGUGGCCUGGCAGCUGUGAUUUACACAGACACCCUACAAACAUUCAUCAUGGUAUUGGGAUCCUUUAUUCUCAUGGGAUUUGCAUUUGCUGAGGUAGGAGGGUAUGAGGCUUUCAUGCAGAAGUACAUGGAGGCCAUUCCCUCCAACAUCUCCUAUGGGAACACGGCGGUGGAUCCCGCGUGCUACACCCCCCGCCAGGACGCCUUCCACAUCUUCCGCGACGCCACCAGCGGGGACCUGCCCUGGCCAGGCCUGGUCUUUGGCCUCAGCAUCCUUGCCAUGUGGUACUGGUGCACUGAUCAGGUUAUUGUCCAAAGAUGUCUGUCGGGCAAGAACAUGUCCCAUGUGAAGGCUGGCUGUAUCAUGUGUGGGUACCUCAAACUCCUGCCCAUGUUUAUCAUAGUGAUGCCUGGAAUGAUCAGCCGGAUUCUGUACACAGAUGUGGUGGCUUGUGUUGUGCCUGAAGUCUGUCAGCGCUACUGUGGCACCGCAGUGGGCUGCACAAACAUUGCUUAUCCAAAAAUGGUAGUGGAGCUUAUGCCAAAUGGUCUGCGGGGUCUGAUGCUGGCAGUCAUGCUGGCCUCCCUUAUGAGCUCGCUGACAUCCAUUUUUAACAGUGCCAGUACUUUGUUCACGAUGGACAUUUACACCAAAAUUCGGACGCGGCCGUCAGAGAAGGAGCUGAUGCUGGCGGGCAGGGCAUUUAUGUUACUCUUAAUUGGCAUCAGCAUUGCCUGGGUUCCCGUGGUGCAGUCAGCUCAGAGUGGGCAGCUCUUUGAUUAUAUUCAGUCUGUUACCAGCUACCUGGGACCUCCCAUUGCUGCUGUUUUCCUGCUUGGUAUCUUCUGCAAGCGUGUCAAUGAGCAGGGUGCCUUCUGGGGCCUGAUCAUUGGGCUGCUGGCUGGACUCAGCAGGAUGAUUGCAGAGUUUGCCUAUGGAACCGGCAGCUGUGUGGCCCCUUCCAACUGCCCCUUCAUCAUCUGUGGCAUUCACUACCUUUACUUUGCACUGAUCCUCUUUGGGGUUUCUGCCAUCGUCAUCCUGGCAGUCUCCUUCAUGACCAAGCCCAUUCCUGAUGUACAUCUUUACCGCUUGUGCUGGUCCUUGCGGCACAGCAAAGAAGAACGGAUUGAUCUCGAUGCAGAUGAGGAGCAGGACAGAGCUGAUGAAAAAGAUGCUGAAUCAGUUAAUGAGGAAAACCAGGAGGACCCAGGAUGCUGUAGGAAAGCUUACAACUGGUUCUGUGGCUUGGACCAACAGAAGGGCCCCAAACUGAGCAAGGAGGAAGAAGAGGCACUGAAGAAGAAACUGACAGACACCAGUGAAGUGCCUCUGUGGAGAAACAUUGUGAAUAUCAAUGGCAUCAUCCUCUUGACUGUGGCUGUGUUUUGCCAUGCCUACUUUGCAUAA